AUGCUUUCUAAUCCCGCAGAUAUAUCAUCGUCACCAUCGCCAUCUUCGUCGGGGUCGAAUAUCCUUUCUCUACAAUGUUUUCACAUCAUCCUGUCCAUAUUUUUGGAGGCUUGGGCUCUUCUAUUGUAUACCAUUACCAACCAACGAACCAUAAGAACCAAAACCGCACGACAAUACAAUUGUGAUAUUCCAUUCACUUAUCCCCACCUCGAUCCAAUAUUUGGAACGGACCUGAAGUUUCAAGAGAUUCAACAGUCUCUACGCCAUCAGAGCAUCACUUUCUCUGCAAAUCUCCACAGAAAAUAUGGAAAGACAUUUGAAAUCGUCAACUUUGGCACUUUCUCAUUGAGAAGUAUAGACACGGAAAAUAUCCAAGCAGUCUAUUCUACAAAUUAUAACGAUUGGGGCUAUGAGCCCUCAAGACUAUCUGUCAUGGGACCUUUUUGUGGUCGUGGAUUCAUCACUACAGAUGGGGAUACAUGGCAAAAAGCUAGGGCUCUCCUGCGUCCAACUUUCAGCAAGUCGAAUAUCUCGGAUCUAUCUGCAUACAAAGGUGCUGUUGAACAGUUCCUUCGAAAUAUUCCAGAUGAUGGCUGCACUACUGUUGAUCUACAACCUUUACUAGCGAAUCUCUAUCUAGAAACAUCCUUGAAAUUUCUGAUAGGUAUUUCCCCAGAUACCAGCAAUGAGGAUGAAAGGAAGAAAGCAACAGAGUUUAUUAAAGCUUUCAACGCAUCUAUGAUCGGAAUGGAACUCUCAUUCAUGAUAGGUCCUUUCAAAUUUCUAAUCCCGAAAUCACUCACAACUGUUGCUCACAAGCAAGUGUAUGAAUACAUUGAUGUUUUAGUUGAUAAUGCGUUAGAAAAGACACGGGAAGAGCUCACUCACAAGGAAAAUUCAAAUGUACCAAUGCAAAAGAGUCUUCUGGAAGGUCUCGCUAAGCAGACUGAUGAUCGCAUAGAAAUUCGUCAGAAUAUUAUUCAAGGGAUGAUGGCAGCGCAAGGUACUACAUACGUUUUGAUCAGCAACACGUUAUUCCUUCUUUCGCGCAAUCCGGAUCUUUAUGAAAGACUUCGAGACGAGGUACGAUAUGUGGACCUUGAGUUGUCUUCUCAGCUGUUUGAUGUACUACGAGAUCACGUUUUCCUUCAGAACAUUCUGCGUGAAUCUCUUCGCAUAUACCCUGUGUUCCCCAUCAUGAACCACAUUGCUCUCCGCGACACAAUACUACCAAGAGGAGGAGGUAUAAACGGAGAAUCUCCACUCUUCGCACCUAAAGGUACAACGAUAUAUACGAACCAGUAUGCUCUACAUCGUGACGAGAAAGUCUUCGGAAACGACGUUGAAUCCUUCAAACCAGAUCGAUGUGAUUCCGUCAAUUGCAAACCAACCUCUUGGGAAUAUACGCCAUUUGGUGGAGGACCACGGGCUUGUGUCGGUCAACAGAAAGCACUGGUAGAGGCGGCGUAUACUGUGGCGAAGAUUGCACAGGUGUAUAAGGGAUUGGAGAGUCGUGACGAUAGAGACUGGGAGGGCGAGUGGAAGUUGACAGCGAAGAAUAUAAAUGGAUGUAAAGUUGUAUGUAUCCCAGCAUGAAUCGUUCUACUUAACUGGUAGAACCUUUGUAAAUUAAACCUCGUAACAUCUAUCUUCUCAAAAGUCCUGGGUCAUAAACGGAAAAGACUCCAAAUAUACUUCCCAAGUGCUCCAACAACCUACUUCAUCACCUAAGAGAAAUUGUUCCCUUACACCCUAUAAUCAUCACCAAUCACGCUCCUUUGGACCCUUACAAACUCUGCUCGCAACGAUAUAUCACUUUCAAUGAAAGCCUACUGCCCAAGUGAGCCGAAUCGAUAUUUAUAUAACAUGUCAAUCGAAAAACUAAAAGGAUUCCCGCAACCACUGACCCCAAUCUACGAACAAACCCCUCAGCAUAAAUAACCAUUCUAUCACAACACAAAAUCUUGAGCUAGCAUCAUCAUGAUUCGCUUCACCCUUCAUACUUCACACAAUUAGCGUCACGGUAAAGUACGACGCAAUCACCAAUCAAGUCGCGAUAAAUUACCCCACCACAGCUCAUAGAGCUAAACUUGUUUGAUUAGCAACCGCAGCACUUAGCUUCGUUGUACAAUUUAGCUUGAAGUAUUUAGCUCCAUCAUAUCAGCCAGCUUCAUUUUGCCAGUUGGGUUCAUCGCGCGCUAUACCCUCUAAAUCAUAUCAGAACCCGUGAUAGACAUAUGGAAUGGCAAUACCACAAAGAAAAUCUAUCAUAAAGUAGAUGCUGAGUGUGUGUUACUACUUUGAUAUGAAGCAGAUAUCUCAGAUUUCAUCUGUGGUGAGGGUGUUCUCCUUAAUUUCUCUUCUAAUCAAGAACAGCUUUGUCGAAGAUGUCCUGGAGACUCUCUUUUCACAUCCAGAUCCAUCGUUUAGGAAGACUAGAAUUGGUGUAGACAGACAGAGUGUGCAUAAACGAUUUUUCUUCAAUGGAAGGAUUAGUGACACUUCUUUUGUUGUCACAAGUCGUUCUUAUUUUCGUAUUUAUCUUGAGAACCCUUCCCCGCUCCUGAUUCAUAUCGUUAAUACAGGCCAAGCAGGAUGUUUUAUCACUUCCUCUAAGUUCUGCUGCCAAUUGCAAAAUCUAUGCAAGUUAAUUCGUUCAGCAAAUUGACAAGACUGAGUAAUCAUCAUAUCGGCGCACCUCGAGGACUAAAUCCUAUAUCUCUAUAUUCCCCGCUUUCAAAAAAUGACAUUGUUG